AUGGUGCUCUCCUGGCGGCGCCCGGGCGAGCCGGCGCGGCAUUGGCGCCUGCGAAUCGCCCACGCGCCGGACGGGUCGACGGUGGACCUCCACCGCGUGGAGUGGCUCGCCCGGCGGGGCCUCGCCAGCGCCUCGGUCGGGCCCACUCGUGGCCUCGGCCUCGCCAUGCGCAAUACCGCCUACGCCGCCUGGCGGACGGCAGUUUUUAACCACGAGAGCCAAUUUUGCGCGCAGUGCGUCUCGGGUUUUGCUCAAGCGAAGGGAAAACUCAGCGGGAUUCUCGAGGAGAAGGAGAUCGAUCGCUUCGGAAAGGUCGCCGAGCAGGUUUGGAUGAUGAAGAAAAAGUAUGAACAGUUUAUUAUUCGAAAAAGAAAAGAGAUUCUCUCGAGCGGGUCGUCGCGCCUGCGGUCCCUUUCCUUGUCGGUUAAAACGAUGUUUCCUGAUUUGUCUAAUCUCGAGUCGGACCUUAAUUACAUUCUUUUUUGUUCUGCCAAGCACUACAACUGUAACUUUAUCGAACUGGUUGAUCUUAUCGGGCAACCCAUGAAUCUCGGCACCACAUUUGUAUUUUGUACAAAGAAUUCAUGGUUUUAUCCAUGCUUGUCGAUUACCGGGAAGAUUCGGGAUCCAUUUUAUGGGUUGGAGGGUCUUUCAGUAAACUAUACCGUUUAUUGGAGCCUAUCACUGGAGCUUCAGCGUGAUAUGGAUCAAAUUGAAAAUCCUUGUAUAAAUGCACUCAGUCCCCAUAUCGCAUCGCCACUCAUUUCCGUCUGCAUUAACGUGUCGCAGUGUCGGCAGGCAGCUCAAUCGAUGGGUCUUCCGCUUCUCUUUUAUACAGGCUUCGGGACGCUGCCGACGGUGAGUACCCAAUUGGAUCGUAAUUUCGUUAUCGUUUGCUUCGCACUAAAUGAAAUAUCCUUUUCCGAUACAUAUCCGCUAAAAGUGGACGCCAGUUCGGGCAUCAAGACGAUAUCGAGCCCUUUUCCGUAUCGCAUUUUCUACGGUGUGAACUUUGUUCAGCGCAUCGCCUUGGCAUCUUUGCCGGCUUCUAUUCUCAAACCUUUGCAGUGCAUCUAUCCGAAAUCAUUUUUAGAUACUUACAGUACCCUUAUGGUGUUUAAUGCCCUUUCAACUCAUAGUCAAAAGGCGUUCCUACACUUUACGCUCCCAGGCAGCGCGACACGUCUUUUUAGCGAUUAUGGAAUAGAGGUAGAUUCGAUUGAGUUUGAGCUGGACAUGCGACUUACCCGUCCUUUUUCUUCCAUCACGCUAAAUGAAAACCAAGGAAUGAGCACCUUCAGUUCUCCCCUCGAAAAAUCUAGUUUAGCGAAUAAAAAGGAUGAACCUGAACUUUCCUCUUCAGGGAGCCCUCUCGUAUUGGAAAUGAGUGAGGGCAUGGAGUACGAUGUCAACUUUAUUACCCAUGGCGCGCGGUAUUACCUCAACCUCGCCACCUCACCUCAUUUCACGCAGUUUCCAAUCGGCGACGGGAAGGCGGAAUACCGAAAAUCACUUUCGUUAAGCUUCGUCGGGUCCCUGUCUUCCAUCCCCGAGUUCUUUAUGCUCCAGGGAGAAGUUUCGAGUGGGUGUAUUCCCUGCGCAUCUAUUCCGAAUGCCUACCUAUCGAAUCUAUCGAUUUUAGGAACCGCGGCGGCAUCACGGGAUAGUGAUGAUGAUGACUCCGCUGCCGCUCUGGGGACUCUUUAUACGAUGAAUAACGUUAUCCUAUCCGGGAGACUUUUCUUGCCGAAUGGAAAAAACUACACCUGCUCUUAUGAGGUGCCUUUGGGAAUAAGUUGGAAUGUGUGGAGGGAAAUGUCUGUAGAGUUCGUACAGGCGCCGCUAGAGGAGGUCUUGCGCUUUUCGGAGUACCUUUUCGCCGCUUCAGACGAAGCGCAACCCCCACCAGACAAUACCUGUCGUGAAAAAUAUUGGUCCUUUAUCAGGAAUCUCAACAUCCAAGUCUCGAUCCAGGUGGUUGUCGAUGCUGUGAAGCUUCAAAUGCACGGCGUUGGCUCUGCUGAGCGGAUCGGGGAAUCUACCCAGAACCUCGUCGUUAGUAUCAACCGUAGCGGAUUUAAGAUCAGUGGGACGAUGCCAUUCGUACGCUUUGGUCCGAUCUUGUUGGAGGGUUCUCCCAGCACUGAAAAGGGCGUUUUCUUUGAAGUUUUGUGCGAUCGAGCCGUGCAGGGCGUCCACCUUCGGGUUUCCGGGGUUAGCUCUCUCGGGACCACGAUGGCACCCAUUCCCACUCAGAUCGAGGCUAGCAGUGAGCGCGGGGUUUUGCUCUUCGCCACCACCCGUGUAUUUGAUUUAAGUAUUGAGAUGAGUAAUGAGCAAGGGAUGUUUCUUUCCACUUCGCGCGGAUUGAUCGCACAGGUUAACCUUCAUAAAGAAAUUAUCUUUUCCGAGAUCGAAACACAGCUGCGUGCGAAAACGAUUGUGGCCGCACUGUGCGCCCAUGAGAUGCCAUUCUGCCUUAAACUGCACAGCUUCAUUGCGGAGCCGUUAUUUUUAUGCAGCUCCUCACAAACCUUGGAGAGACCGCAGCAAUGGCUCUCUUUUUCAUUAAACGGUAUCUUUUUUGGAGGUAGUUUUGAUGUCUUUUCGUCAUGGAUUCUGGAGGACAUGUCGCCCUCCUCCUUUCAUAGUGCCUGUAAAGGAGUUGUUGUGCAGAUCAUGGAGCAAUGCGAGGAGAGCCUGUGGUCUUGCUAUGCUAAUGUGGUGGGCUGUAUACAGUCGGACGACUCCACAAACGACCCGUCAAUGGUUGACAUGGGAUUGCGUGAGGAUCGGAAAUUAUCCAUUUUGGAGCGUCAUUUGACCUCUCCACAGGGAUGCUUCAUGGCUCGUUGGAUCGAAAUGGAAUGUGAACUUUUUGAAAAAGAUCUGGAGUGA